AUGCGUGAUCUUCUUUGGUGGACCGCCGUGGCGAGUGCGCUUUCUCCAGCCUCGGCAGUUGCUAUUCCUUCAUCUUCUGGCGGAGAGAUCCGCGCGAGAGCCUGCAGCGGGCCCACCGCUUCCUCUCCUACGACCUACUGGCUUCUGGAUCAGGAUCACACUGGCAAUGCCCGGGGAUAUGCCCCCGAAGUUGCCAACGCCAAUUACCCCGUGUGGCGCAAUGUCAAGGACUAUUCCGCCUCGGCCGACGGAUCUGGUGACCAAACCAGCAGCAUUCAGAAUGCGAUCAACAACGAUGGGUCGAAUGGCAGCCGCGAGAGUAAGGGUGUCGCUAGGUACCCGGCGGAAGUCUUUCUCCCCGGUGGAACGUACCAGCUUAGGAGCACUUUGAAUUUGCGUGUCGGAACUGUGAUCACCGGUGAUCCGCUGAAUCCACCAGUGCUCAAGGCGGCAGCCGACUUCAACGGUGAUACGGUGGUCAAUGGAUACGACAGCAAGAAUGGCCCGCCUGAGACGAGUUUCAUGACUCUCCUGCGAAACGUGGUUAUUGACACCACAGCUAUCAGAGCUGAUACCAAGAUCACUGCAUUGCAAUGGGGUGUGGCUCAGGGGUCUGGCUUGACCAAUGUCAAAAUCAAUAUGCCUACCAGCUCGACCGGACACACUGGUAUCCACAUCAACGCUGGAUCAACGAUCGCCGUGACGGAUGUCGACAUUACUGGUGGCGCCGUCGGAAUCAAGAACUCCAACCAGCAGGUCAACUUCAAGAACAUCUACUUCAGAAAGUGUACGACUGCCUUCGAGGCUUCCGGUGGCCAUACCGCUCUUCUCCAGGGCGUGACAUUCGAUACUGUCGGGCUUGGCGUUGACAUGAGCAGCAACGGUCUUGGAAGUAUGGUCCUGCUAGAUUCCAAAUCAACCAACUCGGGCACCGUGGUGAAGUUCCAUGACUCGUCUAACGACAGCGGCAACCGCAACAGCCAGCUGAUCAUUCAAAACCUCGUUCACGAUACCACCAAUCCUAUUGCGGUCGACAGCAACAACAACGUGAAGCUUGCCGCUACCGACAAGGUCGACACGUGGGUGUGGGGUAACAUCACCCCUGGUCAGUACGUGUCAGGCAAGAGCCUCACAACCUCUAGACCGGCCGCGCUCUUGUCUAAUGGCAAAUACUUCACCCGCAUCCAGCCUACCUACGCCGAGUAUGGCUCGGACCAGGUCGUGAAUGUCAAAAACGUGAGCGGCCACCCUGUCAAAGGCGACGGCUCAACAGACGACGUGGAGUCACUCAAUGCCAUCUUAGCGGAUAACGCAGCCAACUGCAAGAUCACAUACUUCCCAUAUGGAGUGUACACUGUCAAGAACACGCUGAAGAUCCCCGUGGGCUCGCGCAUCAUGGGCGAGGCAUGGGCCGUGAUUUCCGGAGCAGGCAAUGCAUUCAAGGACGCCUCGAACCCGAAGCCAGUAGUCCAGGUCGGACAAGCCAACGACGAGGGCGUCAUCGAGAUACAGAACAUGCGUUUCAGCGUGGGUGAGAUCCUCCCCGGCGCGAUCAUUCUCGAAGUCAAUGCCGCCGGUACAAAACCCGGUGAUGUAGCAUUGUGGAAUACGAUCGUGACUGUAGGCGGCACCGCCGAGACGAGUAUCAAGGAUAACUGCGAUAACCAAGACACGUCGCAGUGCAUGGCGGCGUUUAUGGUGAUGCAUCUCACCAAGUCGUCGUCUGCCUAUAUUGAGAAUUUCUGGGGCUGGACCGCAGACCACAAUCUAGACGGUGGAUCAUCGAAGACGAUCAUCUCUACCGGACGUGGCAUCCUCGUCGACGCAGUUAAGGGGACUUGGCUCACUGGAACGGGAUCUGAACAUCACUGGUUGUACAACUACAAUUUCAACUCCGCGCAGAAUGUCUACGCGGGCAUGCUCCAGACUGAGAGUCCCUAUAUGCAGGGUGAGGGUGCAACGCAGACGGCGCCGGCGCCUUGGACGGCUGAGUCUUCGUUUGGUGAUCCUGAUUUCUCGUGGUGCGGUGCGAAUGAUCAGAAGUGUCGUACGUCGCUUGCGACGAAUGUUAACGGUGGCAAAGAUGUCUUGCUGUAUAACAGUGCCGCGUGGGCUUUCUUUAACGGGGAGUGGAAUGGUGAUUACGGAACUCAGUGUGAUGGAUCUUGUCAGACGAAUAUGAUGCGUGUGGCUAAUAGUCCUGAGAAUUUAGUUUGGUAUUCUAUUAACACGAGGAAGGCGGAUGUCAUGAUUCUGGAUGGCGAGUCGAAUCCUAGCGAGUAUAAUCACCCUGGUGGGUGGGAGGCUAUUAUUCAGGGGUAUAGGCAGUUUUCCUCUUAG